AGGUGGGCAGCACCCCCGAUUUGUGGCGCGGUGGGUGAGCGAGUGAGGAGCUUUAGUGCGGGACGCUGCGGGGCUGGCUGCGCUCCCGUGGGCCUGGCAGGGGACUCGGUGAUGGGCGCGGGGGCGCGCAGCGGGUGUGAGGUGGGGGGGAAUGCACUGUGCGCGGCCUCCCCGCAGCUUCUGUGCCUGCUCUGAGCACCGGCGGCUGCUGCUUCGGAGCCCGGCUCUUCCCCCCUGCGCGGCCGCGGCUCCGCUCCUGGCUGUAGCCGCGCCGUCCACCUGAGGCAGCGACGUGGCAGACGGCCCGGUCGGCGAAGCCAGGGCACUGACAGCAAGACAGCAGAAUGAAGACCAAGUGCUGUAGCCGGUUUGUGUUAUGCUCCAAGACAACCAUCUAUACCUUUCUGCUGGGAGGAGUCUUUAUUGCAUUGGGCUCAAGUCGAAUCCUCCUGAUGAAGUAUUCUGCCAAUGAAGAUAACAAAUAUGAUUACCUUCCUACAACAGUGAACAUAUGUUCUGAAGUUGUAAAACUGGUCCUGUGUGUGGUAUUGGCACUAUGGGUUAAGAAAAAAGAGGGUUGUUUGGAUCAUCCUUUUGAAUGUCUUUCCUGGAAGAAUUUUUGUAAUUCCAUGAAAUGGUCAAUUCCUGCCUUUCUUUACUUUUUGGAUAACUUGAUUGUCUUCUACGUACUGUCCUACCUCCAGCCAGCAAUGGCUGUACUCUUCUCAAAUUUUGUCAUUAUAACAACAGCUCUUCUCUUCAGGAUAGUGCUAAAGCGAAAACUCUCUUGGGUACAAUGGGCAUCUCUGGUGAUUUUAUUCCUGUCCAUCGUUGCCCUGACUCUGGGAACUGGAGGCCAUCAGCAAAGCUUGGCUGUGCAUGGAUUCCAUCACAAUAUGUUUUUCAGUCCAUCUAACCACUGCCUUCUCUAUGCUGGACCUGAGGAAGCAUGCCUGGAAAAGGGCAACUGCUUAGCACCAAGUUUCCUUCCCAGCUUCCAGUGGAAUGUCACCAGUACCAUGGCAGGAGCAUUGAAACCUCUCCGCCUCAGCCUGGGCCAUCUGCUUAUUCUAGUGCAGUGUUUUAUUUCUGCCCUGGCUAACAUCUAUAACGAGAAGAUCUUGAAAGAUGGGGAUCAAAUUGCUGAAAGCAUCUUCACGCAGAACAGCAAACUCUAUGCUUUUGGGGUGCUGUUCAAUGGGCUUAUGCUCGGGCUGCGGACUAAGGACCGGAGGCAGAUAAGGAAUUGUGGCUUCUUUUAUGGGCACAACGUCUUCUCGGUGGCUCUCAUAUUUGUCACAGCUUUCCUGGGGCUGUCUGUAGCCUUCAUCUUGAAGUUCCGAGACAAUAUGUUCCAUGUUAUGACUGCUCAGAUCACUACUGUCAUCAUCACCACUGUCUCUUUUGUCAUCUUUGACUUCAGGCCUUCUCUAGAGUUCUUUUUGGAAGCUCCGGUAGUGCUUCUCUCCAUAUUCAUCUAUAAUGCCAGUAAACCACGAGGCCUGGAAUAUGCCAUUCUGCGGGAAAGGGGCAAACUCGUCAAAGGAGAUGCAUGGGAGAGGUCAAGUGGGGAUGGAGAAGAAUUUGAGAGACUGAACAAACCAAGCAGUGACAUCGAUACAGAUGAAGAUUCCCUCUAGCAUGAGGCUGGCUCAGAGGAGUGUUAUUACUCAUAGCGAGAGAAUGUUAAUGUUUUAUUAAUAUAGAGAAGAGUAAUUUUUCCCCACUUGCAGAUAAAUUGAGACUGUUUUGGGGCUGGAUGUCAGAAGUGGAUAAGGAAAUCACUGAAGCCAUAUAUGGAGAGUUGUAUUCACUCUUCCUAUCCAUGUAAAUCAGGAGUUCAAAAUCUGCUGAAAGCAACAAAAUUUGUAACUGAUGCAAACAAGAAGAGGCUUGGACCCUGGACUUACUGGUCUGGGUGAUGUGCUGCAUUGUGGAAGGCAGUCCUGGACUCUAACCAUAUGUCUUUCAAGGCUUUGGUUGACUGUCGUGAGUCACUGCAACUUCCUGUAUGAAUUCCUUGGCUAGUAAAGCAGAGAUAUUACUGUUCUCCACCUUGCAGAUGUGAUAGAAGUGUUGAUUAAUGUUUUUUCUGCACCUUCCAAUGUACAAAUGCUCCAGUAAGUCAGUAAGUUUUCUUUUCAGGACUUAGGAUGUUACUAAUAACCUCAUCAGCAAUGAGGCAUGUUGAAUGUUUUAUUGUAUUUUGGCAAUUCAGAUUGACAUAUCCCUAGCUGAGUAAAAGAGUCUCUCUGAACCAACCUCAUCAAACUUUCACUUGUGAAUGUAUGUUAAAUCAAAUGGUUUGGGUUAAGGUUAUGUUGAUCCUUCAAACAGGCAGAUCUCUAGAAUGUGAUUUGAGUUUGAAUGGUCUUAAUUCUGUCUUCAUUCCUGUUUUAACUCUGUACUGACUCCUGUGGAGUCCUUUCUUUCUGAUUUUCUCUGAUGUGACUGAGAGCAGAAUAGAUUUCACUGACUUCAGCCACUAGUUCUCCUCACAUUUUCAGUGUGAGACUGUUGUGUGCCUGUCUCCAGUGUCUGGGGAAAUGGAAAUCUGGAAUGCCUUUGUAGCAGAUAGUGAAUUUUACAUGCAACUUAUGUGGCCUAACUUUGAAAGAGCUUGAAUAAAACAAAUAUUAUACAGUAUGAAUGCAUCCUAGGAUCUCUUUUUGCAUUUAGAAAGGCUUAGUUUACACAGAGUUCACGAUCUGAAAACAAAUAUUACAGUGAUGACCUUCAACAUCUGGAGCACUGAGCAAGAGGGUGCAGGUAGUAAUACCAUUUGCUCAACCCUGUCAGACUGAUAAAGUCUUACAUUCAUUUUGUAGAGAGAGAAAUCAUCCUGCAGAGUGCCAGGCAUAGUGAUGUCAGAGUCACUGUUGAGCCAUCUGCUGGAUUGUAGUUUGAGUGAGAUGAAAAAUAGUUUCCAAAUAAUUCAGGGAAUUUUAAAAGGGGGAAGGGAAUGGGGAUGCAGAUAAGAGAUUCUCGGUAUGUUCCUAAAGGCUCUUCUCUCGGAAUGUUGGAAAAGAUGUUGGUUUAUAAUUUCCUCCCUUCAAAAAUGCAUCUUUCAUAGUUGAAAGAUACUGUCAAAAGAAUUCUUAAGAAGAUAAGCAAUGAGUUCAGUGUCAAAGCCUCAUACCACAGUGUAUAGUAAUCAGUUAGUGAUGCAUUUCUCUGUGGACUGAAGACAGUCCUGCCUUUGUUUCCCCUCUGCCACCCCAUUUUCAGGCUCUGUGUUUAACAGCUUACUUAUGCAUACUGUAUUGAUGGCUCAUGGCUAUAUUAAUUAACAUACUUCCUGUCUUUGAUCCGUCAAGAGGGGGCAGCCUGUUCCCAUAUGUGGCCAAUGACUGUCAAGUUAUAAACUGUGAAUCUAAAAUUAUUAUUCUCUUUUCUUACUUUUUUUCUGUAUUAACUUUUCCUAGCUUAUAUUAAGAAUAACUGUACAAAGUGAAGUUACUGUUUUGGUUGAAAAAUUUUUUACAGCUGCUCUCAUUGUGCUUGUAUAGUAGGCCAUUUCAACAAAAGGAAUCCUAGUUGUUUGCAUCUGUAUAGAACGAAUAAGAAGGCAUAUUUCAGUGUAAAUUCCAGAAACAUGCUUUUCAUUGGUUUAUGAUGUCCUAUUUUGUGAAAUGAAACUUCAAGGGGAAAGUAAUGCUCAAACUAUUAAAGACUUAUUUGUGAUAAGA